UAAUUUCUCGUUUUAAUUUUGUUUUCCUUCUAAAGAGCGGCAUGGGCUAACUAAAUUUCAGAGGGUGGAAGACUUUUAAAAGAAUAGCCUUAAGAAAGAACUUCCUUUUUAGUAAUAAUUACUUCAGUUCGGACCAAGGCAGAAAAGACUGAGAGAUUCGCAAAGCUGAGCCCAUGCACCUACGCACGCUUUGUGUUAGCUUGCUUACAAGUGCCAGUUAAACGAAAACCAACCAUCAGCCAGUAAAUCUAUGACGUCUUACUGACUUGCUACAAUCUGUUCACAAGGAAUUGUCUGACUCGAACAGACCAGAACCAGUUGUGGUGAGGCAGUCAAACCAAUCACACGGUUCCUGUUGAUGGUGCAAACGGUUAUUCUCCACUCGGAGUACCUACCAAAAAUGGAACUAAGCUUUCUCAUCCUUCUUAAUUUAGCCACACUUUGGGGUGUGUAUGCGCAACAACAUUCCCGAUGUUUGGAAGGAAGCUGCUACCCUGCAACAGGUGAUUUACUUAUAGGCCGAGAAAAGAAUCUCCAAGCAUCAUCAACCUGUGGUCUUAAACAACGAGAACAUUACUGUAUUGUCAGUCAUUUAAAAGAUGUUAAAAAAUGUUUUUAUUGUGAUUCAAGGCAGUCCUUUUCGCCACAUCUACAAACUCAACCGCUUAAUCACCGGAUACAAAACAUAGUGUAUUCAUUUGGCCGGCGUAAAAGAGGACGAUGGUGGCAGGCUGAAAAUGGUAAGGAAAAUGUCUAUAUUCAGCUAGAUUUGGAAGCAGAGUUCCAAUUCACUCAUUUGAUUAUGAGAUUCAAAACAUUCCGUCCUGCUGCAAUGUUGGUGGAAAGGUCAUAUGAUUUUGGUAAGACGUGGAAGGUUUAUCGUUACUUUGCUGAAAACUGUGCCCAGUCUUUCCCUGGAGUUCCAACUGGACCCAUCAGACGACUUGAUCAAGUAAUUUGCGAAUCAAAAUAUUCAGAUGCUGCACCAUCUACACGAGGAGAGGUAGUCUUUCAAGUUUUGCCCACAUCGAUUAGCAUUGGUAACCCAUACAGCUCAGAAGUACAGGAUCUCUUGAAACUUACCAAUCUAAGGAUAAACUUCACUAAGUUGCACACACUUGGUAAGUAAAAUGUGUGUUAAAGUU